CAGAUGAUGCGGACCCACGCGUAGGGGGAUUCCCCUAUGACGAAUAGGGGAAUUCCAAUGGCAUAUGAAGUGACAUUGGACGACCAAAAAACGAAUAAGGUUCAUUUUUUUCAUCAACCGUCGUGCCGUACCAAGGGGAUUUUAGAAGGAAGGCCGCGUUUUAGCGUUACUAUAUUGGAAUAUAUUGGGACUUCAUUCAUGUGGGUAAGGAUAUUAUCGUAUUGGAGACGUAGGUAACAUGGCAAGCAAUGAAAUUUCGUUGACUCCUAGUGAUGUUUCCAAUCAGACGGUUGCUCGCAUCGUCAAACCACCAAACUUCAGUGACGUAAGCAGCAGCGAAGAGGAGGACGACCUCGACGAACCUCGACCACCGCCCAACGAGCGUCCUUUACACACGAAUGGACACCGGGGAACGGAACCAGGGAAAUGGAAUGACGCUAAUGGCAGCAUUCUAAACGGAGAGAAGAAAGGGAAUCAUACCCAAGCAGUCAACGACGACAUCGAGCUCGACAACGCCAUUGAACUCGACACUGACACCGUUCACGAUGGAGAUACGAUUACGGAAGAACCAGGGGAGAAAAUGAAGGAGGGAGGAACACCUGCUCCGGAAGGAAAGGUCGGAAGGAACGAUGGGAUGAACAUAGAAGAAAAGAAGGAAGGGGAUGGAUCUAAGUCACGUGAUCAUAAAGAUCCAUUGAUUCCCAAAACGAAAGAUGGCGAGAAGAUAAAAGAUGUCAUCGAUGGCAACUUCGAAGCCGACAAUGUACCCGAGCUCGUUGACCGAUUGGAGAGCGCCGUCGAGGCGAUGUCGAAAGGCGAGCCAGAGGCCUUCGAUCGCCUUGUUGCGAUAUUCCAGGUGUUUCUUCCCAUGACCCUUUUCAUGGCCGACGAGGUGAAAAUGUUGAGGGAGAAUAAGAAGAGCCUCGUUCUUCAUAUUCGCACUCUCAUGAAGGAAAAUCAACAAACUCGUCUUGAAGCCGAACAAAGGUCUGUUGUCGAGACGAAGUCUGUUGGUACAACCCCACAAAAAGCUGAAGAGACAUGUGGACAAUGCACCGAGAAGAAACCUGACCAAGACCAAGAAAAACAGCAACAGAUGGAAAUAGAUGGUCUGAAAAGAGAGACGAAGAAGCUCCGAAAGCAAUGCAAAGAGCUCCAACAUGUCAACCUGUCCUGGGAGAAAUACAGCAAGAAGAAAUCAAGCCGUCAUGAGGCAGAGAUCAGAAAGAUGAACGAAAAGCUGGCUACCAGUGAUGGCAAGGCCAGUAAACUCGAGAAGAGACUUGAAGAAAAGUUCCGUCUCUACGACCAGACAUUGAUGCAGGUGAAACACUCUGAGGAACGCCAGAAGCUUGUUGCUGCUGAGUAUAAGAAGGAACGUGAUGUCGUAAGGAUGAAGUAUGAGGAAAUGAAACGGCAGGUAAAGGACCAAGAAGAGGAGAUAAAACGACUCAAUGAGGUCAUAGCGCGCAAGGGCACGGCUAAAGUUUACUUGAAACCAGGAGCCCUAGUUGUCACCCAACAAGCCAAAUUCGACGAGAAGUAUGCGAACCCACCCCGCAAGAGGCCCGAACACACCGAAAAGCAAGGCAAGGCUACCGCAGCGGAUCCUGGAGCCAACGCGGUUGAACCGCCGGUAAACCGUGAGAAGGUCAAGGCGAAGGAUAGCAAGCCGCAGAAAAGCAAGCCGGUAUCACCGCCUCUGUCUCCACGGGAUCCACCUGGGUACAAGAAAGCAAACAACCCGAUGAGCCUGACCCGUGAGGAACUCAAGGAUCAAGUUGUUCUCUACAAGGAGCAAAUGGAUAUUUUCCGGGCUGAUUUCAACCAGGAGAGAAGAGACCGAGAAAAGGCAGUUGGGCAGGUCGAUUCCUUGAAGAAAGAAGUGGAGAAAACCAAGAAGAAAGUCCGAGAAAUGCAAAAUCAACGAAUGGAAAAGGAGCACGACCUCUACGUUGCAGCCCGUGUAGGAGGUCAAAUGUUCUUUCUCCCGGAAGAUACUCAAGAGAUGAGAAUGAGAGAAAUCAAGCAGCAAGCUCACGGAAAGCGUAAACAUCCAGCACAUGGGAGAAAGGACCACUACGAAGGUGAUCAAGGCUUGGCUGAGGAACAUUUCUACGCAGAGAUCGAAUAAGACCUUCACCGCGAGAGGUUAGAAGAGAGCAGAGGAGGUUUCCUCCAACUAUUAACCAAUCACCUAGCUAUGUUUUAGCACGUGACCUGGCUCAUGCUUUCGAAUGCGGCGUUAGUGGUUCUUCGUUAAGCGUGUGUGUAUCUUUCACUCCUGAAGACGGCGUUCUGAAUUUAUCUGACAUCUCCACGCCCCAAAUGCUGUAUAUCGAGAGUUACGAUGCACUCAUGGUCUUUUCGUAUCUUACAUAUUGUAAUUCCGGAUGUAAAUCAUCUCGGCAAAUAACGCUUAUGAGGAUGAGCGGUAUGAAAUAUAUAGGCCUAGUUGGGAAUAUUUUUCUUCUGUUUAAUCAAACACAUUUAAAGACUUCGGUUGAAAUGCUAUUUUGUAUGUUUAAGCAUUCAAUUUUAUGACGUAUCAUUACAUAUUUUAAUUAUUCAUAAUUGAUAUUAUAUAUUUUUUUUAAAACUAAGUUAUUAUGGUUCAAGGGUUGAAAUGAAAAUAAUGAAAUGUAAAUAAGUGUUUUCGAUCGUUUAACUAUUAGAGUAGUAAAGUGAUUUCGUUUGUUUGCGGGCAAAAUUUUUAGCAUUAUCGUGUACUUUCUCCAAAGUGCCAGCCUUUCCGCAGUUUCUUCUAUUUAGCAUAAUAGCAUAAUGUUAUGUUCUGUUUUGUUUGCUGUUUCCAAUUAUUCUCUAUGUAAACUUGGAUCUUUGCUAUUUGGAUGAUGUUCGUAUUGAAAGCUCAUAAUCAUUAUUAAUAUGCAGUUUGUUAUAUGAUUCGGAGUGUGUAAAAUAAACGUUAUAUUGACCGUUUCCAACGAAUAUUGGUGUAUAAUUGGUAUUUGCAGUAUAAUUGCGUUUAACCAUUGAUAGCUAAUACAACACCCGACCAUUCAACAACAAAAAAAAGAGACUGAUAUUUUUUUUAAGAGACUACGCUUUAUGCUUCACCAGUAUACGUCGGGUGUAUACCCUGUUUUACUGCUAAAACAUUGAGUAUACAAAACACCUUUUUUUCUGGGGGGGGGGAAUUGUUGACUGUUGAUCUUAAAAAUGAAUGCACAUGGAUUGCACUGAUGGGGAAUUACACAUUUUGAUAAAUUUGAAUAGGCCAUUGAAGCAGUAGAAAAAAUAGCAUUCAAGCUCGACAUAUUCAGACAAAAUACAACUCGAAAGAAUUAGUUCUUUUUGGGGCCUAUAUAAAUAAUUCUGUAAAUAGAAGGGAUUAUCCUGUGUGGUCAUUUUGUAAGUUUAUUUCUUUUUCGAUUGGUGUGGGGUUUUUAAUGAUGGACAGUUAAAAAAUUAAUUAAAUGAAACCGAAACGACAACAAAAUGAAAGAAAAAAAAGGAGAACAGGAUGAUCUCUUAGAUGACGAAAGGAGUUGAAAUAUAUUUAAAAAAAUAAUUUACGGUUUCUGUAUGAGUUAAAAUAUCCAUAUUCAUUUCGUAAAUUGAUAUUAUAAUCAAUUGAAAUGAAAUGUCACGAUCGAGAUCACAUUUUUAUUUUGAAUAAAAAGUUACUAUGAAAACGCAUUUUUAGACAUUGUGAAAGCAAAAUAAAAUUUAAUUAUGUUUUAGAUUCAGAAAGAAAGAAAACUGAUAGCAAAGUCAUCAUGGAAAACGAUGGCAAAAAAUAUAAAAAUAAUGAAUACGAUGAUGGUGAUUGAUUCAGCAAAUUGAUAACUAUCUACUAGUAUGAACUCUUCAUCAUUAAUAUAAUAUCAUAACACGAUCAAUAAAUCUGUACCUUGUAAUAUUCUUUUUGAGUAGCUUUAAAGAUUCAAUCAAUCAUUAAAUUCAUCAUAGCACCUAUUUCCAAGCUCUGUGACAUAACGCAAUUAAAGUCUUAGCAAAAACAAGAA